GGCGGAUCUGGUUGUUAAGGGUUGAUUGGGUUACCGCUUCUCACUUAAGCCCAGUGAUUGCCGCUUGUGACGACGCCUUGGUUCUCCCGAUAUCUUUCCCUCCCAAGCUACCCUCGAUUCAUCCCUCGCCCCUCGCUGCAUCUUCAUUCUCGAAUGCUCAAAUAUUUCUUCGCCCGUAGUCCGCUGUCAUAUAUAAGCUGAAAAAACCGCGAUCGUGAAUUUCUCCAAGUUUUAACGAAACUGUCGAAUGCCAAUGGAUCGGCUGGCAAGACGAUGCGAAAAAUGUCCAAUCACGCAACCAGAUCAAUAAGCCCAACGAUUAUAUGUUACAAAUGUUUCGUUCACUUUGGGGUAAUUUUAAUUUCACCCAUACUCGUGACGUUAUAUAAUACUUGUUGUACAUACCUCGACGCGGUGUAUAAUAAUCUCCUUCGUGUAGAACGGUUCGGGCGUUUUUGCACGGUGUGUGAUUUGCAAUCAACUAUGCAAACGACUGCAAGCUGUGCAGAAGAGAAUGAAGAAAAGGAGAAGAAGGAAGGAAGGAAGGAAGGAUGGAACGAAAGAAAGAACGAAAGAGAAAAUUGUACCAAGAAUAUCUAUAAAAAGCGGCAGAAUUUUUUGCUCACUCAUCAUCUCGCAACUCCAACCUGUCAUUGAUUACGGUAAAUAAACAAAUCAGGAAUACGGAAGGAACAUUACGAGUUUCGCCGCAACUAAAACUGUAUAGCAUCCCAUCAAAACGUUUCCCGUAAUAUCACGGAGGUGGAGGAUGUCGCCGCGGAAGUCUGCACGGGGGCUGGACAGAAUGCGGCACCACCGACGGGGGUUGGCACCGAGAUACCUACGGGGACUGCGACGAUGGAGUGCGGAGGCUGCGGCGACCGGGUCCGGGAGCGAACGGUCCUCUGCGUGGGAGGGCGAACCUGGCACUCGCGUUGUCUCAGGUGCUGCGCCUGUGCCAGGCCUCUCCACGAUCAGCACUCCUGUUUUUUGCGAGGCAUGCGGCUCUACUGCAGGCACGACUACGCCAUGGCUUUUGGAGCCAAGUGUGCCAAGUGUGGGCGUAGUGUCGGUGCUGGUGACUGGGUUCGGAGAGCUAGAGAACGAGUUUAUCACCUGGCUUGUUUCGCCUGCGACGCGUGUUCGAGACAACUUUCAACUGGUGAACAAUUUGCGCUCCUAGACGCGAGGCUUCUCUGCAAGGCGCACUACCUGGACGUCGUCGAAGGCAACAACACCUCGUCCGACGAGGGUGGCGACUCGGAGAGCGGACACAAGGGUGGCAACAAGGCCAAGAGGGUGCGGACAACCUUCACCGAGGAGCAGCUAUCGGUCCUUCAAGCCAAUUUCCAGCUGGACAGCAACCCUGACGGUCAGGACCUCGAGAGGAUAGCCCACGUCACUGGACUCAGCAAGAGAGUGACCCAAGUAUGGUUCCAGAACUCCAGAGCACGGCAGAAGAAGCAUUUGCACACGGGGAAGCUGAAGGGUCAGCACGUUCAUCAGUCACCUCCGAAUUCCGUGUCACCAGCCACUGGCGAUUUCGGAAGACACAUCAACCUCCACUUGACCUACUCCUUUCAGCAUCAGCAGCAUCAGCUCAGUCAACAGCCGCAGCUCAGCCCGGCUACCUGUAAAAGCCCGACGCCUUCCCUUUACCACAAUCACGGUUCGGAGCAGUCAAUGGACGAGCUAUCUCAAGACUCGAUGAUGCUUUCGAUGCCAAACGAGGUCUGAGCUGGUGGCACGAGAGGCUGAUAAUGGCAAAUCUUGACAACUGGUAAGAAAGUUUCUGUAAAUAUGACUGAGAACAGUUUCAGAAGAAAUCUCGCGUGUAUGUAAAAUGUGUUGCGUGAAUGUGUAUAAUAACGUGCGUAUACGCGCGAUGGGUAUAUCGAUAAAUUUUACCCAUACAUCGAAUCCUGCCGAUAUAUUAUAGUAAUAAUAAUAACGACGAUUAUUAUUAUUAAAAAAAUCUGGAAAGAUUUUUAAUCGUUAUUUAUUGAGAAGAUAUUGAUUCUGUUACAGUAGAAUAGUUUUGUAUACGCGAAUACUGCGAAUAUUUAUAAUAGCAUAGCUUUCGUAGGGAUUGUUGCAAGUUCUGCAGCUUGCUCUAUCGUAUAAUACGGUUCACUCGAUCGAAUCUCAAGCCUGGGGGAAUUUUAUUCCUGUUGGUGGGUAGCUUUAACGCCUCUAACAAUUCACUCCUGUAUACGGUAUAUUACGAUAUAGAAAUAUACGCGUGAAAAUAUCGCGCUGGUACACAAGUACGUACUACUACCUAUAAUAAUAUGUAUAUUAUUCAAAUUCGAAAGUAAUACGAGGAGAGAACAAGAUCCAAGAUCGACAUGUAGAAGUAGUAUUAAUAAAAGUAAUAGUAAUAAUGAUAAUAGUAACAAAAACAACAAUAAGAAUAAUAAUAAGAAUAAUAAUAAUAAUAUUAUAAUCACAAUACACUUUGAAUCCGUGUUCGCGCCACAGUCGCACUGCUCACGAUAAAGUAUUUAUUUAUGGUCGCCGCUGUACGUAUUCAAAUGUACAAUUGCGUCAUUAUUACGAUACGUUCUAGAGUACGUAACUGGCGUAGUUAGGUACGCGGCACUGAUGCAAUUGCAUUAAAAAUCUCGGGCUCUCACCUUGCCUGAAAAAGGUCUGUACAUAUAUACUAAGAAAAAAAUAGGAAAUUACAAUAAAUUAAUCGGCGAAUUAGAUUUGAAGUACCAAUUAUUCCGCCUGCCGUUAUUGUAUAUACCUGUGUAGAAAUUCAUCUAUAUAUGUAAAUUUUCGGUGUAUAUACAUAAAUAGCAGGCCGUAUACGAGUACAUAUAUACAUAUUAUACGGACUAGCCCAAUUAUAAGAAGAUUGAAAAUUUUAUGUAAAUAUUGUAAAAUAAAUCAACUGAGGAAAAUAUAAACUAUUAAUAAUCAUGUAUAAUA